AUGGUGGGUUUGGUUAAUCUAUCCAAAACGCCUACAAAUGUAGUUGACACGGCUAGCAAUAAAAAUACAAAUGAUAAGGUGAUCAGUAAUACAGUUGAUAGUACAGCUAAUAAAGUGGUUCCUACGCUUACCAGUAAAAGUAAAAAAAAUCCAGUUGAUAACGUAGUUGCUGACGAUACUAAAGCUACCAGCGGCAAUAAAGCCAGUAAUCCUGUUAAUAAUGUAGUUCCUAAAGUUUCCAAUAUAGUCAAUAAUACAGUUAAUGAUGCCGUUCCUAUUGUCAACACAAUUGAUGAUACAGUUAAUGAUACAGUUGAUAAUAAAGUUGAUAAUACAGUUGAUAAGACUGUUGAUAAGACUGUUCCUAGCGUUGUUAAGACAGCCAAUACAGUUGGCAAAACAGUUAACAGUUCAGUUGAUAAAGCAGUUAAUAAUGGUACAGUUCCUAAAGUUGUCGACUCAGUUACUGGUGUGGUCAAUAGUACGGUUGAUAAAGCAGUUAAUAGUGGUACAGUUCCUAAAGUUGUCGGCGCAGUUACUGGUGUGGUCAAUACAGUUCCUACCGUCGUCAACGAUAUAGUUCCUAAAGUUGUCGACGCAGUUACUGGUGUGGUCAAUACAAUUCCUACCGUUGUCAACGAUGCAGUUCCUAGCAUUAUCAACAAAGCAGUUCCUAGCACUGUCAGUAAUACAGUCAAUACAGUUAACGAUACAAUUAACAAUAUACCUGAUCAAGUUAACAGCAUUAUAGGCCAGGGUCAAGGAAAUUCUCUUCCUACUAAUUCACCAUCUAAUACUAAUUCACCGUCACCGCCAAAUAAUAAUUCACCACCACCAUCCGAUACUAAUUCACCAUCACCGCAAAAUAGUAAUUCACCACCAUCACCAUCUAAUAAUAAUUCGCUGCCUCCAUCUAAUACUAAUUUGCCAUCAUCUAAUACUAAUUCACCACUGCAAUCUAAUAGUCCAUUGCAAUCUAAUAGUCCACUGCAAUCUAAUAGUCCAUUACAAACUAAUAGUCCACUGCAAUCUAAUAGUCCAUUACAAACUAAUUCAUCACUGAAUCAACCUACAGGCACAUUAUCGCCGUCCGUUGGAGUCAAUUCGUCACCAUCACCAACAAAACCCAUAAUUCAAGAUGCUGAUUUACUCUCUUCAAAUAUUCCUGCAAAUUUAAUGCCAAAUGGUCAACCAUUCGCUCCUACUAUAGAACCUCCACCUUCUCCUCCCGGUAUAUAUUUGUCACCCCAUUCAACUGCAAUAAUUGGAACAAUUCUUGGUAUUAUAGUUGCGGCACUCGCAAUAGCUUUUAUAUUAAAGAAAGUUGCCUUUG